AAAUCAGUGAUAGCGGAAAUAACUAUUUGAUCAUGUAUUCCUUGACAGUCAAACCCUUCUUAAUACCUUAUUCUUCUUCUUCUUCAACCUCUACUUCCUCCUCUUCAAUUUCUCUCGCGUCCUUUCCAUCUCGCUCGCUCUCAUCAAUUUGCUUUCCCAGAGAUUUAAAGCACAGAGGAAGAUUUGGUCUCAGAGUUGAAGCAUAUGAUUCCUUCAAUAAUGACGCUUCCAACCCUACCAGUGCUGGCGACUCCAAACCCCCCAAUGGCACUUUGUCAAAGAGCAGGAGAGAAAUUUUACUGGAAUAUGUUAAGAACGUGCAGCCAGAAUUUAUGGAAUUGUUUGUGAAAAGAGCGCCUCAACAGGUUGUGGAUGCUAUGCGACAAACAGUGACAAACAUGAUUGGAACACUGCCCCCUCAAUUUUUUUCCGUAACAAUUACCACUGUAGCUGAAAACCUUGCACAGCUCAUGUACAGUGUCAUGAUGACUGGAUACAUGUUCAAGAAUGCGCAAUACCGUUUGGAGUUGCAAGAAAGUUUGGAAGAAGUUGUUGCCCUUCCGGAUGUGCAAGAUAAAAAGGAUGUGCCAGACUAUGCACCUGGGACACAAAAGAAUGUUUCAGGUGAAGUCAUUCGGUGGAACAAUGUUUCUGGGCCUGAAAAAAUAGAUGCUAAAAAGUACAUUGAAUUACUUGAGGCAGAGAUUGAGGAACUGAGUCGUCAAGUUGGGAGACAAUCUAGCAAUGCACAAAAUGAACUGUUGGAAUACCUCAAAUCUCUUGAGCCUCGAAAUUUGAAGGAGUUGACUAGUAGUGCUGGUGAGGACGUAGUGUUUGCUAUGAAUACAUUUAUAAAGCGCUUGCUGGCUGUUUCAGAUCCUAGCCAAAUGAAGACUAGCGUGACAGAGACUAGUGCAUCUGAACUUGCCAAGCUGCUUUAUUGGUUGAUGGUUGUUGGGUACAGCAUUCGCAAUAUUGAAGUUCGUUAUGACAUGGAAAGAGUACUUGGCACUCCCCCAAAGCUGGCUGAAUUGCCGCCAGGUGAAAAUGUUUAAGUAGUCAUGAAUAAAGUAGGUCAUCAAAGUACUUGUGUCCCCUAGUUGGGGCCAAGUGCCCUAAUUAGAUUUUGCACUUUUUUUUUUUUGGCUGGAAGGCCAGUCAUGACCUAAAAGAGAAAUCUGCAUUUUUCAGCGGCCUUGAAUGAUUUGUCUCCUCAUUAUUUAUAUAUCUGAUAAAACUUUUCUUUUGGGUACGAUGAAACUUAUUCACAUUUAUACUGACAAAGAUAUCAAGGUUGAUUCCCUGAAGAUGUGCAAUUUUUUUUUGGUUACUUUUUUGACAACCUGAACUGUAGUGACUUUUUUAAAGACAUCAGUGAUUGCUGGUUCAUUUUACACUAUUUUCAUACUCGCUAGAAUACAUCAAUGUAUUGAACA